UGACAUUCUUUUGAUAGCUGUUCCAUACAGAGUACUACCAUUUUGAAUGGCUCGACGUUCACACUGUCUCCUUACUCUGCUAUGUAUCCUCCGGAAUGUCGACACGUCAGUGAUUAUUUCACAAAACAAACCAACAGCACAAAGCAGUGACUAUAGACCAGCCGGGACAGUCAUACACCCGUCGAAGAAUGCUGUGGACGGUAAAACCAUACAAACCUUGGGAAAGGAUUCAUGUGCCCAUCAAGCAGUAAACCAGACAGAAGUGUGGUGGAGAGUCGACCUGCAAAGUGAUUUCGUCAUAGAAAAGGUCGAGAUAUACUAUAGAGAAGAGUUUAAUUGGGCUGGAUGGAAGAACCGGUUUGCUGGUUAUGAGAUAUAUCUGUCAAAUACCACCGAAAGACGUCGUCAGGACCGAUGCUUCAUUGAUAAUUCAACUAGUGAAUCCCAAAUACAAAGCCAUGUCACGCACAGUGAAUGUUAUGGUACAGCACAGUACGUGUGGAUAUACAACAACAGAGAGCCACCUUUGAGACAAACCUGGUACGAUAGUUCAGCACUUCUUGAACUCUGUGAAGUACAAGUUUAUG